AUGCAGCGCGUGCCCACCGGCGUGCCGUCAGCGAAAGUGCAGUGCGGUGUGGCGAGCACUCCUAACGGCAGAGGCGGACGGGUUACGAGCGGCACAAGUGCACCGCAUUACACUGCCAAUUUCUUGCAUAAGUCUUCCAGAAGCGAAGAAGAGCGGUUGCACGGUAACCGCUUAGCGCUGGCGCUGGACAUUGAUCAGCACGCGAGAAUGCUUGCCCACAGCGCGCCAUCCAACCUCUCUUCGGCCUGCAGUUCUUCUACAAAGAUCAAUGGCCGCAGAGUCUGGCGAGACGGUACCUGGGAACGUCUUGAUCCGCCGGUCUCACCUACGAAGUCUGCCACUGCUAAGCCGCCCAAAGAAGUUCCAAUCAUCCCAUUCCGUGUCCUUGACGCGCCUGCGCUGCGGGAUGACUUCUACUGCUCACUUCUCGCAUACUCGCCAACGCUCCAUUGUCUGGCUGUGGGCCUUGGUCCUCAUGUCUACUUGUGGUCCGAGAACAAAUGUUCUUCGAGGCCACGCAUCCCUGACUCAUUAAGUGCGCCAUUCGCGGCCCAUGUGACAUCGCUCUCGUUCAGUUCAUUAGAAGGCGGCAGCGCAAUCUUGGCGAUUGGACGUGCCGAUGGAAGGAUAACGCUAUGGUCGCCAAUGGAUAGCGAGCCGCGCUUUGACAGCGAGCAGCCUGCACCCGUCUCUUGCGUCUCGUUUCGUCCAACUACAAUCCGCCGACCUUCCGUCCGCGAAGCCAUCAUCUCAGUCCUGACCGAGGAACUGCUGGUCGGGGAUGAAGUUGGCAAUGUCUAUAUCUACUCCAUCGAAUGGCCUAACCAAGAUGCCCGAGAUCUGUGGGCCUGGCACGGCAGCAUGACGUUGCUUGCACGCAUGAGCUGUCACACUCAGCAAGUCUGCGGUAUGAAUUGGAGCCCCAAUGGAGAAGUAUUUGCAACAGGCGGCAAUGACAACCUGAUAUACGUGUUCGAGCGGAAGAAACUGCUCAACACACGUGGUGGGUCGAGCGACACCGUAGUCGCGUCUCCCAACACCACUGUACUCAGCCAGACUGCAGUGCUCUGCAUCGGGCCUGGCGAGCAGAAGCACACAUUCUCCCUCAACGCCGCCGUCAAGGCGCUCGCUUUCGCUUCAUGGGAGCCGUCUCUUCUUGCCGCAGGUGGGGGCAGCAACGAUCGCAGCAUCCACUUCUUCCACACUUCAUCUGGCGCCGCAUUGGCCACGAUUGACUGCCAUGCACAGGUCACGAGCUUGUUGUGGAGCGAGCGAAGGCGGGAGAUCGCCGCCACCUUCGGCUUCGCGCAGCCGGAGCAUGCAGUGCGAAUUGCAGUCUUUGCAUGGCCGAGCUGUGAGUGCCUAGUCAAGAUACCUUGGUGGAGCGAGGAACGUGCGCUUUGGGCGGUGCGGUAUCCGCGUGGGCCCUCUGGUGCUGGUGAGGGUAAGGUGGAUGCGGAGGGUAGGCCGUGGUAUGGGCAUCGCACGAAGGAGGAAGGUUGCUUGGUCGUUGCAACGAGCGACGCAAGCAUCAAAUUCCACGAGAUCUGGGCUGAAGGGAACAGCAACGCAGAGAAACAACGCGCUCGGGAGCCAGCAGGUGGUCUGGGGAGUUUGGCUGGAAGUCAGAUCCUGGCCGGAGAGUGCACCUUCGGUGAUGGUAUACGCUGA